AUGGAAUUACUUUGCAAAACGACGGGGAUGUACCGUCGCCAGUUAAGCAACUUAAAUAAUCAACCCCAUUUUGAACUUUCUUCAAACAAACAGAAUGGAUAUGCUGGACUCGAGAUGACCUCCAAGAUGGCAACCGUUCAAAAGAACAAAGAAGGAUUCACUCCAAGACAAGUCAAGGCUGCGAUGGAGGCGAGAAGUGCAAUGCACAUACUCAAUGCUCCAAACACCAAAAGUCUGAAGUAUGCGAUCCGAUCUGGUCUCAUCAAGAACUGUCCUAUCACCAAAGAAGCGAUCAAUCAUGCCGAAGCAAUCUUUGGACCUGACGCCUCUACAUUGAAAGGCAGGUCAACAAGACCAACUCCGAAGAAGACGUACGACGACUUCUUCAGUCCACCAGAGGAAUUAUAUCAGCACAAUCGAUCUAUUACCGUCUGUAUUGAUCACAUGGAGAUCGAGAAUGCUAAAUUUCUCACCUGCAUUGAUACCACUGUGCGUUAUCGCUCAUGUAUUCCUGUGCAGAACCUGAAGACUGACCCUGUAUUUGAAGCAUUGGAUAAGAUAUUCCGCCGCUACAACAAGGCAGGCUUUCAAG